AUGGCAGUUGGAAUGUCGACACGAGUGGCCUACAACGAAAACGCCGGCUCCUCUGGUGCAAAGGCGGCCGCGAACGAGAUGCUCAGCGCUGUAAACGGGUUCAAGACCAUCGGCUAUGCAACCAUCGAAGAUGCUAUUGCUGUUGUCAAGAAGGAGGACGCAAAGAUCGCCGUUGUACCUGCAGAGACAUCGACACACGGUAGUUACUACGAGAUUUACGAUCUCCUGCUCAAAUGCGUGGUAAUUCUGUGCGAAUAUCGACGCAAAAGUCAUCGAAAGAAAUACAGCAGCAGAUCCUUCUGGAACCCACCACGGCUCCCAUUGCAUAUCCAACCCCCAGUGCUACAACUCCAGCGUUCAUUACAAGUGGAGAAGGAGAGGCAGGAGAAGCACAAGCCAUAA